CUGUCUCUGUCUCUCUCUCUCUCUCUAGAAAAAAAAAAAAAAAGAAAAUACUCUUCUUCUCCACCAAGUUAUCAGCUUUUUAUCAUCCUUUUUCGUUCCUUUCAAUCAAAACCCUAAUCUCCCCCUUCCUCUCUCUUAUUGCCUCUCAGUUUUUGCAGAUCUUGCCACCUCUGUCUCGAAUUAGCCUUUUUAAUCUAAUCUCUUCUCUCCCAGCUUGAGCUUUUGAAGGUGAAUUUUGAGAUUUCUUUUUCCGGGUAAAAUUCGAGUACUUAAGAGAAGGUUAUUAUUGUUUAAAAGUUGGAGGUCUGGCUCUCAUGAGAAUUGUUAGGGGAAUGCAGAGAUUGUUUCGUGGUGACGAGGAGCUGAACGCACUGGGCUGGAAGAAUUCCUUCAGCCAAGGGAUUGGCAUCACUGCGCCCAAAGCAAGAACGCGUGACAAACCUUUGAGUACUAGGGUCUUGUUUUGUCUCUAAUUUUGGGUCUUUUCGGGACGAGAAUUGGUGUUUGAUUUCAGUAUUUGAGAACAAUAAACAUUGAAACCAAUGACUCGGAUUUUGGUUCAACGAGGCAGCGGUUCUUCUUCUUCAAACCAGAGCCGAGCAGGGUCCUCUUCGGCUGCUCGACCAGAGACACAGGUUACCGCUACUACUCAGGUCGUUUCAGCUCUAAAAGAUGAGGAAAUUGGCGAUGAGCCACAGGAACGCCUUGCUGUUGAUGAGCUUUUGGAGUAUUGCGGGAGUAGUGACAAUAAGGCAUUAAAAAGUGAUGAUAUUUUGAUGGAAGGUUUACAUGGUGGUAGGAAUGAGAGUUUGAGUGAUGAAAUUGUGGAUAAUGAUAAAAUGGUUAUUGCUGAGUUUGUUGGAUCGGGGGACCUGGUAGGUGGGUUGAGGAUAUUGGAGAGACCUGCAGCUGAGAGUGAAGGUCCGAGCGGUGUUUCUCCAGAAGUUAGCAGUGGAUGUGCACAACCACCACCCCCUCCUGUGCCACCUCCAAAACCUUUGGCAACAAAUUCAAAUUCAAACUCGAGGAGAUUUGUAUCGGGUAGUUCAAAUUCUGUGCGAAUUGGAUCAUCUAGAAGAGCAGUUGCUUGGCCUGUUGUUUCUACAAGGGCUUCACCAUCUGGGUCACGGCCUUCCUCUCCUAGAUCUCAUGGUGAUAGUGAGGGGUAUAAUAGUGCUGAUGAGCAGAACCCUUGCUUUGCUUCCUCCUAUGAUGAUUUGGAAAGAGAACGUCAAUUUGAGAUUGACAUCAGGCGGUCUAAAGGAUUAGAAGUCAAAAGAAUGUUGGAGGAUGGGAAUUGUCUAUUCCGUGCUGUGGCAGAUCAAGUGUAUGGAGAUUCUGAAGUGUAUGAUUUAAUUAGACAAAUGUGCAUAGAUUAUAUGGAACGAGAGAGGGACCAUUUUUCUCAGUUCAUAACAGAAGGUUUUACAUCUUACUGUAAGAGGAAGAGAAGAGAUAAGGUCUAUGGGAACAAUAUGGAGAUCCAAGCUUUAUCAGAAAUGUAUAACCGGCCAAUACAUAUUUACUCCUACAGCACAGAACCUAUCAACAUAUUUCAUGGGAGCUACAACACUGACACACCACCCUUAAGGCUAAGCUAUCAUCAUGGUAAUCAUUAUAACUCUCUUGUUGACCCACGUCGGCUGGCAAUUGGUGCAGGCCUUGGUUUCAGCUGUCUUCAAGGGACGAGUGUGGACAAGGAUCAGGUCAAAGCUGCAAUCAAAGCUCAACAGGAUCAGCAGAUUGAUAAUGCACUUUUAGCAGAGGGGCGGUUUUACUCGGAUCUUGAGCUUACUGAGAAGGAGAUUGAACGAAUGGUGAUGGAAGCUUCUCGUGCAGAGUAUCUUGCCAAUGACAAGUUGAAGCUGCAGCUUGGUCACAAAGAAUCUUCUACUUCUGGUGCUGAACCAUCAUCUUCUGGAACUAGAUCAUCGGGCGGUGAAACGAAGGUGAGGGCACAGAGUUUGCAGGAUAAUGUUCUCAGCAGUAGUAUGCAGAUGGUUCUGUCGAUGGGAUUCAGCUAUCUGCAAGUGAUGGAGGCUUACAGCAUAUUCGGUGAUGAUGUGGAUUCAAUGGUUUGUUACCUCUUGGAAACUGGCAGUAGCAGGCGCAAAGGCAAAGCAACUGAAUGAACAAGCCACUGCCAUGUCAGAAGCAGAACGUGAACCUGUCGUAGGAUUAAAUUGCCUUUCCGUUGCUGACAUUGUAACUUGAGAAUGACCUGGUCGAAUUCAAACCGAAACUGUUGCUGAAACUUAAAAAUAUGUUAUUUUGAAGUUCAAUCAAUAAAUGGACUACUAGUUUAUGUUAAA